CUUGGGCUGUGGCAACAGUCCUUUCGGACUAAAAUGAGUGUCCUUUUGGACGGAAGCACAUCAUCCUAUGAGAUGGUCACUCAUUUCUUCUGGUUCACAGAUCUUUGAUGGGCAUAAUGGAAAUGCUGCUGCUAUUUUUACUAGGGAGAAUUUGUUAAAUCACGUGUUGAGUGCUCUUCCUCGUGGGCUUGGGCGAGAUGAGUGGUUGCAUGCUUUACCCAGGGCAUUGGUUGCGGGUUUCGUUAAGACCGACAAGGAGUUUCAGAGCCGAGGAGAAACUUCUGGAACCACAGCCACGUUUGUAAUAGUGGAUAGGUGGACUGUUACUGUUGCAUCUGUUGGAGAUUCCCGUUGUGUACUAGAUGCCCAGGGUGGUGCUAUUUCCUCCUUAACUGUUGAUCACAGACUUGAAGAGAAUAUUGAAGAGAGGGAACGUGUAACUGCUAGUGGAGGUGAAGUUGGGAGACUUAGCAUAGUUGGUGGUGCAGAGAUUGGUCCCCUUCGAUGCUGGCCAGGGGGUCUAUGCCUUUCUAGGUCAAUUGGAGACAUGGAUGUUGGAGAGUUCAUUGUUCCCAUACCAUAUGUCAAACAAGUGAAGCUAUCAAAGGCUGGUGGGAGGCUUAUAAUUGCUUCUGAUGGCAUAUGGGAUGCUCUAUCAUCAGAAAUGGCUGCAAAAUCUUGUCGAGGUUUGCCUGCGGAACUUGCAGCUAUGCAGGUUGUCAAGGAAGCACUACGAACGAGAGGAUUAAAGGAUGAUACAACUUGCAUAGUAGUUGACAUAAUCCCACCUGAUAAUGAAUUGCCACCAACACCUCCCCCCCAAAAGCGGAACAAGCUGAGAGAUCUUCUUUCCUUCAGGAAGAGAUCCCGUGGUUCUGCAAGUAAGCUAUCAAAAAAGCUUUCAGCUAUAAAUAUAGUGGAGGAACUGUUUGAAGAAGGAUCGGCAAUGCUUGCUGAAAGAUUAGGAAAUGAUGACAACUUGAACACGGGGCAAUCAACAUCUGGUAUUUUUGUUUGUGCUGUUUGUCAAGUUGAUCUUGCUCCAAGUGAGGGCAUUUCUGUCCACGCCGGUUCAAUUUUCUCCACCAGCUCCAAACCCUGGCAAGGUCCCUUUCUUUGUUCUGAUUGCCGUGAUAAGAAGGAUGCCAUGGAAGGAAAACGUCCAAGUGGAGUUAAGGUCUCAUAGGCUCAAAAUUGGGGUCUUAUUCUAGAAUUCUUUAUGCUACCUUUCACAUUUUUUGUAUUAACGAUUUUUAUAGCAAAUUAAUUGAUUGAAUCUCACUUGAAGUA